AUGGCCGGAUCACGGUGGUUCCAGCGCAUCAGCCGUCCUGUGGCGCCACCAUCGCCUAUCGAGUACAACGAUCAAGGCAUAGUCGACAGCCUCACUGAAAAUAACCAGAGAAGCAUGUGGGCUAGCAGAAGGAUAGGGGAGGACCAACAACUGUACGUAGUCCACGUGCAGGGAGCCGCUGGCAUCGGUCUCCCGACUACGCUGCUGGUCAAGAAGUUCCAGAAUGCAAACCCAGCACUACUAGUGGAUGACAAUGUCAAGAACCGCUGCAAGUUGGAGAUGACUCUGUUAGCCAGCAUCUCUCAUGACAACAUCAUCAAUGUGCUACACUUCAUCCAGAGGGAAGACGCGAUCAUGCUCGUCUAUGAGUACCCCGUGAAUGGCAGCCUUGACUACUGGCUGCACCGGCGGGAGGGGGGCGAGCAGCCAUUGAGCUGGCCGCAGACGAUUGCCAUCGCCAUCGGCUUGGCCCAAGGGCUCUGCCACUUGCAUCACCGAUGCAACAGACCGAUUGUCCACCACAACAUCAACUCUGAAAACAUCUUGCUUGAUCAGAAUUUCAAGGCCGUGAUAGCCAGCUUUGGCAUUGCCCAGAUGAACAUUGCCGGGCUUAACCAACCAUUGCCGAUCGGGGACAUCCCAGUUGGUAACUUUGGGUAUGCAGCUCCAGAGUAUGGUGUCGCAGCAAGCCAGCUGACGGAGAAGGUAGACAUUUACAGCUUCGGUGUGCUGCUGCUGGAGCUAGUCACAGGGAAGUUGGCCAAUGGAGCAGAUGGUCUAUUGGCGAUUUGGGCUCAGGACAACUGCAAUGAAUUGAUGGCAAACCAUCUGAAAAUGUUCAAGAUUGUCGUGGACAAGGGCAUCCCUGAUCAAGCGCGGUACAUGGAGGAGAUGGCGGCCGUGUUCAGGCUGGGUGUGGAUUGUACCGUUGGAGAUCCGAAGCAAAGGCCGUCCAUGCAGAUAGCUCUCAAACGACUGUGCCGCAGCCGUGGGCGUGGCCCAUUCCGUGGCCUCCUCAUCCUGUAA